CCUUGCGCGGGGGGAGGAGCAGCCGCCGCCAGGCCAUGGCCCCGCUUCGGCGGCCUUAGCAGCAGCAGCCGCCGCCGCAGACUCACCCCCCACCCCUUCGCGCCCGGGCAGCAGGAAGCGGCUCCUCUGUCAGUAGCGGCGGCCGGAGCUCGGCUCUGAGCGGCUCCUUCCCGUCUCGUUCCCUCGCCGCCGGGGCAGGCGGAGGCGCUGGGCCCCCGCCCCCGGGGCCGUCCCGUCUCCUCUGCUGGGGACGUGCCGCCCAGGCGACUCCCAGGCUCCGGGGAGGCCGCGGCCUAGGGCGGGCGGAGCGCGCCAGGCGCAGGAUGCGGAGCGAGGCCCCCCCGGCCGGGGGCUCCGCGCAGCCCCAGUAGCCCGGGAGCGCCGCGGAUGCGGCCUCGCCCCGCGCGGCGGCCCAGGAGGCGCCUCCGCCAGGCCCUCGCUCCCCAGAGCCUGUGCAGCUGGGGGCCGCCGCGGCGGCCCGCCUGAGCCGCUCCUCUGCCCCGGGCCGGCCGGCCCUGCUUUCUCCUGCCGCGGUUGACAGUGAAGGGAUGUCUGCUGCCACCUCCGCUGAAAUGAUUGAAACGCCCCCGGUCCUCAACUUCGAAGAAAUUGACUACAAGGAGAUUGAGGUGGAAGAGGUUGUUGGAAGAGGAGCCUUUGGUGUGGUCUGCAAGGCAAAAUGGCGAGGAAAAGAUGUAGCCAUUAAACAAAUAGAAAGUGAAUCUGAAAGAAAGGCCUUCAUUGUGGAGCUUCGACAGUUGUCACGUGUGAACCAUCCUAAUAUUGUCAAGUUAUAUGGAGCCUGUCUGAAUCCAGUGUGUCUUGUUAUGGAGUAUGCUGAAGGAGGUUCUCUGUACAAUGUACUGCAUGGUGCUGAGCCUCUGCCUUAUUAUACUGCUGCACAUGCAAUGAGUUGGUGUUUACAGUGCUCCCAAGGAGUGGCAUACCUCCACAGCAUGAAACCAAAGGCUCUAAUUCACAGGGACCUGAAACCGCCAAACUUGCUGUUGGUAGCUGGGGGGACAGUUCUAAAAAUCUGUGACUUUGGUACAGCCUGUGAUAUUCAAACGCACAUGACCAACAAUAAGGGAAGUGCUGCUUGGAUGGCACCUGAAGUUUUUGAAGGUAGCAAUUACAGUGAAAAAUGUGAUGUGUUCAGUUGGGGUAUUAUUCUUUGGGAAGUGAUCACCCGGAGGAAACCUUUUGAUGAGAUUGGUGGCCCUGCUUUCCGCAUAAUGUGGGCAGUUCACAAUGGUACUCGGCCACCACUGAUCAAAAAUUUACCUAAACCUAUUGAGAGUUUAAUGACUCGUUGUUGGUCUAAGGAUCCUUCACAACGACCUUCCAUGGAAGAAAUUGUCAAAAUAAUGACACAUUUGAUGCGGUACUUUCCUGGAGCUGAUGAACCUCUGCAGUAUCCUUGUCAGUAUUCAGAUGAAGGCCAAAGCAACUCUGCCACUAGUACAGGCUCAUUCAUGGACAUGACUUCUACAAACACCAGUAACAAGAGUGAUGCUAACAUGGAACCAAGUGACUUUCAAGGAACUGCUACCAAUGAUACCAUUAAACGCUUAGAAUCAAAACUGGCACAGCAAAUGAAAAAUCCAGCGAAGCAGUCGGGUGACCCUGGCCGUUUGAGUUUACCUCCAUCUCGCGGGAGCAGCGUGGAAAGCUUAUCAGAUGUUCGUGGACGACCACAGUCAACCCUUGUUUCAGGAGAAGGCAAGAGGAUGAGUGCUGACAUGUCUGAAAUAGAAGCAAGAAUUACUGCUACCGCAGCCUAUUCCAAGCCUAAACGGGGCCAUCGUAAAACUGCUUCAUUUGGCAACAUUCUGGAUGUCCCUUCAGUCAUCAUACCAGCAGGAAACGGACAACAGAGGCGGAGAUCCAUUCAAGACCUUAGUAUUGCUGGAACAGAAUCCAAUCAGGAAAGCAGAAACAGCAGUAGGUCAUCUAGUCCUAGUGUGAGAAUGAUCACUACCUCAGGACCAACCUCUGAAAAGCCAGCUCGGAGUCUUCCAUGGACACCUGAUGAAUCUACAGAUACCAAUGGGUCAGAUAACUCCAUCCCAAUGGCAUAUCUUACACUAGAUCACCAGUUGCAGCCUCUAGCACCAUGCCCAAACUCCAAAGAAUCUAUGGCUGUAUUUGAACAGCACUGUAAAAUGGCACAAGAAUAUAUGAAAGUUCAGACAGAAAUUGCAUUGCUGUUGCAGAGAAAACAGGAGCUAAUAGCAGAACUGGACCAGGAUGAAAAAGACCAGCAAAACACAUCCCGUCUGGUACAAGAACAUAAAAAGCUUUUAGACGAAAACAAAAGUCUUUCAACUUACUACCAGCAAUGCAAAAAACAGUUAGAGGUCAUCAGAAAUCAGCAACAGAAACGGCAAGGCACAUCAUGAUUCACUGGGACCUUUCAAAUCAAAAAUAUGCACAGAAAAGACUUUUGUAUUAUUCCUUAUUAUGACAGCUCAUGAGUGUUAGCUUCUUGAUGUGUUCAGAAUGCCUAUAUUUGUCUGUUGCACUUAGAAUGUCAUUUAUUUUCCUUUUCUUUUGGUGGAUAUUCAGUUCAACAGGUUUAUUGAACAAGGUGGGAGAACAGUGACUUGAAUUAAUCACCAGCACUCAGCUUACACAAAUACAGUGAACUGUGGCUGUACACGUGCUCAGUGUGUGAAGGCUAGCCUAACAAAAGCAUUAAAAUGGCUGCUAAAUUGUAAGAUCUUGUUUUAAUUUCUGAUGUUACCUCAAUAAGAGCAAAACAAAAACUUCUGUUUUAGAAUGGUUUUGUUCUUGUGUCUCAUCUCAAACAAAUUUACAACAGUCAUUUUCUCAUGCACUAUGCUGCAGAGCUGAUGUUGAUUGACCAGAGUAAUUCAUGAUGCAUUAGUGAUGCCUUUUACCUGUAGAUUUAGUGCAUUUUUCCACAUGCAAAAUGGUAGUCAGACUGAUGCCAACAUCACUGGUUCAGUGCUUGAUAGCCCUGCAUUUUGGCUAAUAUGUUCCUUGUAAUCUUGCAUUCAUAAAAUAUUUGAAGCAAAAUGCUGUAUUUUCUUUACUUUUUUGGGGUGAGGAGUGGGGUGUCAUGCAGUUUCACCUAAUCAUACUGGACAAAAAAAUUAUGACGGUGAUUCAUUGAGCAAAGUGGGUCUCUUGUAUAAAAGAAAAAAAAUCAAAAUGUGUGGAAGCGUGUGUUAAUCUUUAAAGCUUUUGUGCCUGUAGCAUCUUUGGAAGUCAAUUCAGAAAGCAAAUGAAUAUAAAGUUCUAUAUAAUCAUUCCCUUCAUAUUAGUUAUUGGGAUCUUUUUGAACCCUUACUGAAAUGCUGAAAAGAAAACAUCCAUAUUCACCAUACAUGUAAAUAAGUUUGUUUUGGAAAAAGAGAUGAGGACUUGAGUGAUUUUUAUUUAUUUUUAAAUACAAAAAUAUGAUAUGAAGUAGGGAAUGCAGAUGGAUGAAGCUGGUAAGAAAAUGAGAGAAAUGGCUUAGUCUCCUUCGUAAAUCCUAGUUAUUUCAGUUGUUUGAGAAGUGUUCAAAGCAAGCCCGCCACAGAAUGCCUUCUGCCUUUGUGACUGAAGAGUUGCAUUUAACAAACUCAAACAAAACAUGGAAUGGUCAGUAUCUGUAUUUGCCAUGAUUAUGUAGGCAGAAAUCAGCGAAAUUGUUUGGAUUAUAAACUAACUUCCAACUGAGUCACUUCUUACUAGAAUCCUAAACUAUUUUUAAGUUCUCAGACUCAGGUUUUAAUAACAAUCUUUUGCAAAUAUAAAUUUUGCAAAGAGAAAAUAUAAAAUGAAAACUUAGUCUCUGUUUCAUCAAAAUACCAGCAAGAUGAUCAAAAGUUUAUUGUGAUGAUUUAGUUGUUGGGCUUCAUUUCAGAUGAAUAAAUUAGUGCAAGAGUUCAUUAGUAGCGCUUGGUAAAAUACUUAGUGGUAAAAAAAACUCACAACUUUUUUCUUCCCCUCUUCUUCCUAUCUGAUAAACGUUGAUAUUAUUGUGAAUGUAUAAGAAUAUCAAAGAUGAAGGAUAACUUACUGAAUGAACAGUGUCAUUCUAACUUUAAAAUAAACCUAUUAUUGGCAAGCCUUUCUGGAGUUAAAACCCUUCCCUCACUUUAUUUAAAUAAAGGAAGGGUUAUCAUUCCCGAAACCUUAGCAGAUAAUUUGAUUAGUUAGCUGAAACUGAUAUUGGGAUCAACUUAAGGGCACACAUAUUUAUAGCAAAAUGUAAUUGGCAGAGAAAAUAACUGUAGUAUUAGGAAUAGCACAAGUGAUCCAAAGCAUUGCUGUUUGCCUACAUCUGUCCAUCUACCAAAAUGGACACAGUCAGUGUUCAGCAGCUUCUUAGCAUGUGUUUAAGCAUGAAGUAGAGUAGAAUGAAUACUAAUGCUUGACUUCACAUGCAUGGUUAAUAAUUGCAAAAUGAUUUCCCAGGACAGUUAGAGGUUCUUGUGUCAUAAUGAAACAUGUUUAAAUAAAUUAAUAUUAACACUUCUUGUGCAAAGUCACUUUACGGCAAAAUUGGAAUAAUGGAAGUGAAAGGAAUGCUAACUUCAUUUAAUGGUACAUAAUACAAAAGCCUAAGUUAGAACAGUUGCUUAUAACCUUUUAAGUUUACAUUGAAGAAGGUCUCAGAUUGUAAAAUAAGUACUGUAUAGUGUGUGGAAUUCAACUCCAUUCACUUCUUAGAUUGUGUUGCCAUUCUAACUGUAUUUUCCAGAGGGAAUAUAGAGUUCAUGUCCUUUUGCCUUUCAAUCUUCCCUUCCCUAAUUCCACCAAAAAUUUGAACUAUUUGCCUCCACUUUCUCAGUGAAGUCUUCUGUGUGGGCAAAAUCCUUGUACAUCUUACCCAGCAAACCUAGAGGAUAGCAAUGGCUGUUUGAGCCAAGGAGAAUUAAUCUAUCUUGUGACUACAGCAUUUUCAAAAGGCUUUUGUUUUAAAGUUGUUUACAAACGUACUUUUAUUUUUUCUAUUAAACUAUUUUGGAGGGUUCAGGACAUAUUUUUCAUAUCUUUUACUCAAAGCUAUCCCUCUAGUCAUGGAUGUGAAAUAUCUAGGUUUGUCUGGGCGCUACCUCCUCAUUCUCAAAACAGUAACAGGUUCUGCUUUUUGUGAAAGUAUGUGUUGUGUAAGACAUUGUGUAAUGAAAGUAUGCUUCUGUAUACUGAGUGGUUUUACCAAAAAUGCUUUUUUAGGCUUUAUUUUUGUUUUUUGAUGAAAAGUUGAAGAUUGUAAUUCAAAACUUGUACAUAAAAUGGUGAAUGAUUUCAUAUGAUGUGGGAAUGAGCAGUGUGGCUUUCUGCUGCGGGGUGUAUUACGUUACCAGGAAUCGGAUUAAUAAAAGCUGAGAGACUUUGA